UCCUGGUGCUCUGCUGCUACUGCGCUCCCACAUACAAGUCCAGCUCGCUGAAGGAAGCGAGCGAGUGAAAGUGUGAGAGGAGUCAGUGAGUGAGUAAGUGAGUGAGGUCGGAGACUUAGAAGAAAGGUCGCUCCAGCGCGGAGCUCAGUUCCCUUUGAAGAGCGUGAGUGAGUGUCGCGGCGCCACUGCGUUCUUCUCUCUUCUUCCUUUUCCUUCGAGGCCCCUUGCCAGGCUCGGCCUCUCUGCCUGCUGGUUUUCCCUCCCCCCUCAUCGCCAGGGUUGGCACCCUUGCGCGUCCUGACUGACCUCUUUGACAUCACUCUUCUUCUGCAUUGUCAGGCUUGGUCAAGGUGUUUUACUGGCAUAUCCUAUAACUGGUCGUUGCAGCAGUGAGUAUGCUCUGGAUUUGUAGUAUUUCGCUGUCGAGGAGGCGAGGUUGGUUGGCCGAAUCGAUACUCGAGGUGGUUUUGGGUUGUUUUGAUACAAGUGCGAUUUCCAGAGGCGACGACUUGUAGGAUAGGACUUGGUGCCAGUAGGGGUAACUUGUUGUUUCAGAUUCGUCAGGUUUUUGGGUGGGAGCCCCCCCCCCCCCCCAGGGUUUGGCACUCCGUGUUGCAGCGGAUCGGAGACAUGGUGUUGGGGAACUGAGAGGGCGGACAGGUUUCAGGUGGAGGCUUGAAGGCUUGCUUCGGUUGCCAGAAGUAGGUUGGGGAAGCUUCUGGAUUGUGGGUUUGAUAUGAUGUGAUGUAUUCGUAUUUUUAUCUAUAUCUCUCUGUGUCUUUACAUAUAUCGGCGCCAUCGGGUUAAAAGGCAAGAGGAACCUGUUUAGGUUAGCAGCAGAAUUGGGUGGUGACAUAGGUCACGUGCGCUGAAACGAAAUGGAUGGGUGCUUGGUGAAUCCUGGCAUCGAAGUUUGGAUUGCUCGGGAUCUUUGUUGAAGUUUGACGGGUGCCACUGGACAACGUUGUGAGUUUGUGGAUGUGGUUGGUUAACGAGCGCUUACCGGGUAGGUGGAGGCAGCUUUAUCGGAGUCCGAAGGUGCAGCAUGGGAUGUCGAUUCCGUGAAGGAGUGGAACUCAAGAGCAGACGUAUUAGCAAUUGGUCGAUGCGGAUUGUUGUGACGGCUUAGGGCGAGUGUGAGCCGCAAAUGCUGCCUCUGGGAGAACUGGAAAAGCAGUUUGGAAAUCGCGAGAGUAUUGUUUUGGGUCUGGUUUGUUGAGGAAUCGGCUAAGGAAUCAGGGAACCACCUAGACAUGGUUUUCAAGCUGAAGCGCGUGAUCCAGCGGGGAAGCAAGGGGAAAAACGAUGAGAAAACGGAUGCAUCUGGUUCAGCUGGUGUAGUUCCAAAUGUGUCAUCUUCAGGAUCUCCGGCGAGCGCAGGGCAGGCAGCGGGUACCAAAGGUGGCAGCAAUGGUGCUCGAGCAGGACCAGCAGCGGGUGUUCCUCCCCCCAAGGCCGUAGGAGGGCCACCUUCCGCCAUGCAACCGGCGGGCCGAUAUGGAGCAGCUGGAGGUAAUAUGCCGAACGGAGCUUUCGAAACUCUGCCAUCAUUCAGAGACGUGCCGACGUCGGACAGGCAGAGCUUGUUUGUGCGGAAGCUGGCGCUGUGCUGCCAUACGUUUGAUUUUACGGAUCCGUCAAAGAAUGUGAGAGAGAAGGAAAUCAAGCGGCAGACGCUUUUGGAACUUGUAGACUACGUGACGUCUGGGACAGGGAAGUUCACAGAGACAGUGUUCGAGGACAUCACAAAGAUGCUGGCUGCGAAUCUGUUCCGGACGCUCCCGCCGUCAUCGCACGAGAACACCGGGUCGGACAAUUUCGAUCCGGAGGAGGAGGAGCCGACGAUGGAGCCGGCGUGGCCGCAUCUGCAGAUUGUGUACGAGUUUCUGCUACGGUAUGUGGUGUCAAGUGAGACGGAUGCGAAGCUAGCGAAGCGGUACAUUGACCACUCGUUCGUGCUUCGGCUGCUGGACUUGUUCGACAGCGAAGACCCGCGAGAGAGGGAAUAUUUGAAGACGAUACUGCACCGGAUAUAUGGGAAGUUCAUGGUGCACAGGCCAUUCAUUCGGAAGGCGAUUAACAAUAUAUUUUACAGGUUUAUAUUCGAGACGGAGAAGCACAAUGGGGUCGCAGAACUUCUUGAGAUAUUGGGGAGCAUCAUCAACGGGUUCGCGCUGCCGCUGAAGGAAGAGCACAAGUUGUUUUUGGUUCGGGCGCUGAUACCACUGCAUAAGCCGAAGUGCGUGUCAAUGUACCACCAGCAGCUUUCAUACUGCAUAAUCCAGUUCGUGGAGAAGGACUAUACGCUGGCGGACGUGGUAAUACGGGGUCUGCUGCGGUACUGGCCGUUGACGAACAGCCAGAAGGAGGUGUUGUUUCUGGGAGAGUUGGAAGAGGUAUUGGAGGCGACACAGAGCAGGGAGUUUCAGCGGUGCAUGGUGCCGUUGUUUCGACAGUUGGGUCGUUGUCUGAACAGUUCGCACUUUCAGGUUGCAGAACGGGCUCUGUUCUUGUGGAACAACGAUCACAUCGUGAGUUUGGUGGCCCAGAACUGCCAUGUCGUGCUACCUAUCAUUUUUCCUGCUUUGGAAAGAAAUACAAGAAGUCACUGGAAUCAGGCCGUUCACGGACUUACGCUCAAUGUACGAAAAAUGUUCCUGGAGAUGGACCAGGAACUGUUUAUAGAAUGCCAGCGAAAGUAUCUAGAAGAUGAAGCCAAGGCUCAAGGGGUGGAAGAAAUGCGGGAGACUACUUGGAAACGCCUAGAGGCUUAUGGGUACCAACGGAGCAGCAUGACUUAUUGUCACAUUGUUGAUGGUGUUGCAAGUGCAGCCAGUCUUAAACAGCCCAGCACGGAUCGGAGUCCCAAUACCGGCCCAGGGUGCCAACCCUAACACUUGACAAGUAGCUUGGUUGCCUGAGUUCAUUAGCUAAAGGAAUAUGACUGUCACAGGCUAUGCAUUAUCCCUGUGAUGGUCGUAUCCAUGAGAGAUUCGUCUUCCAAGUCAUCUUAAUGAGGAUGUGCCCUGGUUCAAGUUUGGUAAUGACCACAACUGCUAAUGUUGUGACAGAUCGCAGAUCAUGCUUUCACGUUGACACUGUCGAACUGACCAGGGAUGGGAGAGUAGGAUUGGGAUUUUAUGAGUCUGAGAGCAUCAAAGCAUGAACAGAAAUCGCAAGUAUUAGGAAACUUGCAGAUUCCAUAUGCGGUAAUACCCAAGAUGCAUCUUUUCUUCCAAGAUUUUUGUUGUUUUCCCCUACUCUGUUACUAGGGUUUAGAUCAGGGGAAUUAAAACAGGUACGAUUGUAAGAUCAGUAGGUGUUUUGUUUGAGCAGGGCUUCUGCUCUUAUUGUUUGGUAUAAGGAGACAGUUUAGGAACUGACCCUUGUGAAGCUGUAUGUUAAUGUGCAUUUCGUUCUCGUCAACUUGGAAGACGGUUCAUUUCUGAAUCAAAAAUUGUGGAGAUCUAGCUAGCUGUAGAGAUAUCUCUUUUUUGAAGUAGAGAGAGAGGUCUGACAGGGAUUUUGACUAAGAUAUGCUGGAAUUUUCAAAGUGAAAGUUCAAUUGCAAGAAGAGUGGUGGCAGGCGGUGAGAAGUGAGCUCUGGUAUUUCUGCUGAAGAGGAGUAUUGUAGCGAGCUGCUUUGCUACACAUACUUUUCAUUGAUAAAUUCUCAUCAGUCCCUGUGAGAGUGCAUCAUCUUUGAAAGCACAAGUGUGCCUUCUGACGUUUAACUCCUUGGAUUUUUAUGUACACUUGUUCAAGCCA